UCUCACUAUAAAUAUGGAUAGGCAUGCAUUCUUUGCUAAGUCAUCAUCCAAACAACACAGAUUCUAAAGCUAAGCUAAGCUAAGCUAAACAUGAAGAGAUUCUGUGUGCUUUUGUUUUUGUCUCUCUUCCUUUUCUCUCGUACUGGAGAAUCUCUUUAUAAGGUGCCCACUCCUCCUUCCAAGCAGCAAACACUUACUCCGGCAACUAAUGACGGCGUAUAUAUCGUUUACAUGGGCGGCGCGGCUAGUAAAGAUUUCGGCACCGCCACCAGAAACCACCGCGCCCACCUUAUCACCAAACUCGUUGAGAGCACCGCAUUGGUGCACACCUAUACUCACGGGUUCUCGGGCUUCGCGGCCCGUUUGACCGAGGAACAGGCCCAGUCCAUUGCUCAAAAGCCCGGUGUGGUGUCCGUUUUCCCCGACCCGGUUUUCCAACUCCACACCACCCGCUCGUGGGAUUUCCUUGACUUCUUUUCUGGUCAACACUUUGACCCCACACAGAAGCCAUCUUCGCCGCCGCCUUUUGCCGCCUCUACUACGUCGUCGUCUUCCUCCACACCACAAGACACCAUCAUAGGCUUUUUAGAUACAGGAAUAUGGCCGGAGUCUCAUAGUUUCAAUGACUAUGGCAUGGGACCUGUUCCGGCCCGCUGGAAAGGAGUGUGCCAAGAAGGCCAUGAUUUCAAUGCUUCCAUCAGCUGUAACAGGAAAAUAAUUGGAGCAAGGUACUAUUCCAACACCCGUAACGUGACAAACGGGUCACCCCGCGACCAUUUCGGGCAUGGAACACAUGUUGCCUCUACGGCUGCAGGCUCCCUAGUUGAAGGCGCUUCUUACUACCGGCUCGCUUUAGGGACCGCCCGGGGCGGGUCCCCUACAUCAAGGAUCGCUAUGUACCAAGUCUGUGACGAGUCCGGGGGCUGCUAUGGGUCCGACAUCCUGAAAGCCUUUGAUGAUGCCAUUAAGGACGGUGUUGACGUGUUGUCCUUGUCCCUCGGCCGGCCAGGAUGGGUCGAACCCGAUUUCUCGAAGGACCCGAUCGCGAUCGGGUCCUUCCAUGCAGUUGAGAAGGGCAUCAUUGUCGUCUGUUCUGCUGGAAACAGCGGGCCCUAUCCUGGCAGCAUCACCAACGAAGCUCCAUGGAUCUUCACUGUCGCCGCCUCCACUCUCGACCGCCACUUCGAGUCAGAAAUUAUCUUAGGAGGGAAUAGUAAAGCCAUAAAGGGGCAAGGCAUUCAUUUCGCCAAGCUGAAGAAAAAGGCGGUGUACCCGUUGGUGACGGGGGUGUCGGCGAAGUUGAAGAAUGCGAGUGAGAGUGACGCAAGGCAAUGCAUCUGGAACUCAUUAGAUCUUGCGAAGGUUCAAGGGAAAAUCGUGCUAUGUGAAUACCUCCCAGAAGAGUAUGGGUUUUCAUGGGCGCGUUUAGUGCUAAAAGACUCGGGCGCUAUUGGGGUGAUCGAAAUAGUGAGUGAGGAAGAUAUGUCUGUAGCUCCAAACUACAAAGACUUCGCAGGUUCCUCAAUUUCUGCAGAGCAAGCCAUCAACAUUUUCACUUACAUCACAUCCACCAAGAAGCCGGUAGCGACGAUCCUUCCAACUGUGACAACUAUAGGAUAUAAACCAGCUCCUGUUGUGAUCUACUUUUCUUCAAAGGGUCCUUCGCUUGCCAGCGCUAAUCUUCUCAAGCCGGAUAUUACUGCACCAGGGGUUAACAUUCUAGCAGCAUGGCCUGAUCGGACUCUCGGCGGUCAUUCACCGCCCGUCCCCGCCGUGAAACUUCCCGGUUACAAUAUAAUCUCAGGCACUUCCAUGGCUUGCCCCCAUACCUCCGGAACUGUUGCUAAUGUCAAGGCACAUAACCCCACAUUCACCAUUUCCGCAAUCAAAUCUGCCAUUAUGACCACGGCCACACAGACAAACAACAUGAAUGCACCCAUAACAAACUCAUCUGGAUCAGCCGCCACACCAUACGAAUUUGGAGCUGGCCAGAUCAACCCUGCAUCAGCACUAGAUCCCGGGCUAGUUUACGAGACCGAUAUCGAAGAUUACGUCCUAUUCCUAUGCGCUACGGGCUAUAACACGUCUCAAAUCAGGCUCAUCUCUUUAAAAGUGCCAAAACACUUCAAGUGCCCCAAAAACAUGUCCCCAGAUUUGAUAUCCAACAUCAACUACCCUUCAAUUGCCGUCUCUAGGGUCAUGGAAGGUCAAACUAAGACGGUGACUAGAACCGCGACCAACGUCGGGGAUGAAGACUCGGUGUACAUUGCCACUAUAGAAGCGUUGACCGGGAUCGAGGUGGGGGUGAGCCCUAGUAAGUUGGUGUUUAGUAAAGAGAGAAAGAGGGUUAGCUACAAUGUGACUUUCACUGCCGUGGAGUCUCUAAAGGAAGAUGUCUUUGGCGCUAUCACAUGGACUAAUGGCAAGCAUAGUGUUAGGAGUCCAAUUGUUGUAAGCGUUAUUGACUAUUCAGAGAAUCGAUAGUCAGAGAAUUGGUGAGGAAAGUGUUUUUAAUCAAUAAUUUUAUUCAACUUCGUGAAUUAUAAAUGAUAUGGGGUAGUUUGAAUAUAAUAAAGUGCUCGCUUUUUAUCAUUUUUGGUCUUAAUUAUACGCUUUUUGUUGUAGCUUAUUA